AGAUGUUGCCAGUUUUAGUGUUUACGUUUAUUCAUUUGCAAAUGGCGGCAGGUUCAACAGAUAUUUUGGAGUCAUUGAAUUUCAUUUCAAAUCCUAUUAUGAGAAAUGCUAAAAAGCCCGAUUUAACUUUUACAUUUUUCCCAGACCUCUUGAACUACCAAGCUAACGCAGUGCCGGUGACAGAGGCGCAGCAUCCGUGGAUAGCUCGCGUGGUACACUCGCGCACAGCCGAUGUCCCUCACAUGUGCACCGCUGCUUGUAUCGCCGAAGCCAUUUUCAUUACUUCCUCGAGAUGCAUUCAUUACCUAAAAGUAAAUCACACGACGAUAAUUUAUAUGUCGAAGCGCUUCGACGCACUAGCAUUUGUGAUACCUUCAAAGCCAACAAAACAGGCUUUUGACGACAUAGGGUUCAUCGUGGUAGAAGAUGACAAAAGCGUUAAAAGGGACUGGCCCGUUAUACAACUGAUCGAUAGCGUGAACAGAACAGACGAAUCGUUUGCUUGGUUCUCCGAACUCGUGUCGUAUAAGUACAAAGUCGUUGGAUAUGCUAUGGAAAAGGGUUACGAACAUAUACCGUCACAAACCGAUCAAUUUAAUCUUACGGAAUUGAACGUCGUCGUAAGCAUGGAGUUAUGCCCUAAAAUAUUAAAAUUUAUUAAUAAACGACGUUCAGGGUUCGCCGUCCCUUGUUAUCACUCAUGCACUUUACAAGAACAUGAAAAAAAUAACGACAGAUGUUACAACUAUCAUGGCGUGGAGGGUGGUGCCGUUAUAGCAAAUGUAAUGGGUUAUAACAAAUUAAUGGGAGUAGCGACUUGGGGCCCUUAUGUCCCGAACUAUGAGUUGCCCGUUGGAUUCGCAGUGGUUAAUUCCGAAAACUUUUUCGAAGACUUCAGGUGUGCGACCAAGAUAAGGGAUGAUAAUGGAUUACUGAUUACAAAGGGAUAUUAUCAGACUUUGUGUAACAGCGGCUAAUGUUUAUAUUUGAAUAAAAAAAAUGUACAGUUCUUUUG